GCGUGUCCCUCGCGGCGCCCCGUCCGGCGCUCGGGGCGGCAAGAUGGCGGCGGUCUCAAUGUCAGAGGCGCUGCGGCGCGCGCUGUGGGGCCGCAGGGCCGCGGCGGCGGCGGCCUCCGCCCUCCGGGUUCCAUGCAGGUCAUUGAGCGCUUCCACAUGGAGGUUGGCACAGGACCAGACUCGAGACGCACAGCUCAUAACAGUUGAUGAAAAAUUGGACAUCACCACCUUAACCGGCGUCCCUGAGGAGCACAUCAAGACCCGGAAAGUCCGGAUCUUCGUCGCCGCGCGCAACAACAUGCAGUCCGGGGUGAACAACACCAAGAAGUGGAGGCUGGAGUUCGACACCAGGGAGCGCUGGGAGAACCCUUUGAUGGGCUGGGCAUCCACGGCUGAUCCUUUGUCCAACAUGGUUCUGACCUUCAGUACCAAAGAAGAUGCAAUGGCCUUCGCAGAGAAAAAUGGAUGGAGCUAUGACGUUGAAGAGAGGAAGGUUCCGAAACCCAAGUCCAAGUCUUACGGCGCAAACUUUUCCUGGAACAAAAGAACAAGAGUGUCCACAAAGUAGAUGGGCCUGGCUGUCCUGCGUGGCCAAGAAUGAAGGCAGCUGUGCAGUGUUCAUAGUCCAUGCACGGCGCACCUCUUGCUCUGCUAAUAAAGUUUCCCUGUAAGCU